AUGAGCGGCGCGUCAGCGUCGCCUUCCCCCGCUGCAGGCGGCAAGGGCAGGCCCCCUAGCAACAGCGUCAUGAAGACUCCGAUCGGGGGGGAAGAUGUUUGCGCGUUGGUGGUUCAGGUAGGCGCUUCGAGCCUCCGCGUAGGCUAUGCCCAGGAAGACCAUCCGCGCAUUGAAGCGGCAGCGCUUGUCGGCAGAAGGCAGCUGCGCUUGCAACCGCAGAAGCAAGGAGGAGCUACUUUUUGCGGCACUUGCUGCUGCUGUGAAAGCCACCUUGCAGUGUCUGCUCCCCCAGAUGUCGCUGGCGCUUCCGCCGCUCCCAGCGGCAAGAGCAGUCGCGGCGAGGAGCCGCAACAGCGUUUUCACCCUCCACAGAAGCAAUGGCAGAGGAGUAGCGGCGUUUCCCCGUCGGUGUUUUACGGCAGAGGCCCUUUCGUGUGGGCGCCUGAGGGCAGGCGCUGUUGCAAGUGUAGCUGCUGCCACGAUGACAUCCUUUUUCCCGUGAAUCUCGGGGUGCCUGUGCCGCACACGGAGGUCUCUUCCAUUCUUUCGAUUCCAGCCUCCGCUUUAGCAGCUCCAGCAGAGAAUGGCGCAGAAGACGGCAAGCAGCAGCCGUCUCCCGAGAAAAAGCAGCGGCAAGGCUGGGAGCUGGAUAGGGAGGCCUUUUCUGCUGCAGUUCGAGUCUGCAUAGAAGGCCGCGUCUCUGAGGAGGAAGUGCAGCGACGCACAGUACGACCACCAAAGCAGCAGCAGCAGCAGCAGCAGCAGCAGCAGCAGCAGCAGCAGCAGCAGCUUCCUGGGGAAGCGAUCCAGGAGUGCUUCAGUUGCAAGUGCUGCUGUUUGAAGCGGGAGCUCGUGCAGCCUGGGACUAAAGCAAGCUGCAACGGCAAAAUGAGCUGCUCGGAAGAGCAAGGGGCACUCUUGGACGAGGCAAGGGCAGGAAGCCUCGGCAGCAGCCACAGCAGCUCAGGAAGCAGCAGCAGCAGCAGCAGCAGUCCCCUUUUAGAGGCCUUUGGCUGCUCGCCCUUCGGAGGUCUGGGUGUAUGGACACACGAGCAUCCGCUGUUGGUCGUUGAGCCCACAGUGUCUCCUCCUUCCCUGCGGCGCGCCUUCGCGGCUGCAGUAUUCGAGGAUCUUCAAGCUCCUGCUGCCUUUUUUGCCUCCGCAGCGGCGGCUGCUGCAUUCGCCAUGGGACGAAGCAGCGCGCUGGUCGUCGAACUGGGUGCUCCUGGGGGGUCUGUGGCUGCCGUCUCUGAUGGCUAUACACUCCGCAGAAACGCAAAGGCGUUUCUGGUCGGCGGAAACUUCAUGGACCGGCAAAUAGAACUCGUGCUGCUGCAGCAGCGCGAGGAGCUGCGGCAGCAGCGGAGGCAGCAGGACGGCAGUGCUCCUCAGCAGGAGGCAGAGCUGCUGCUGCCUCUCUUCUCGUGCGCAAGCAGCAGCAGCAGCGCCUGCAGCGCCUCGCUGCUGCAGCGCAGCUCGCAGGAGCUAAGCAGGCAUUUGAGGGAAGCCCAGUGCGUGGUUCGUAAUUUUGCAGAAUCGGCGUGUGCCCUCUCGCCAGCGACAGGGGGAGCCAAGACGAAGAGCAGCGCUGAACCCCCUCCCACGCCAGUCCCCCCCUUUGAGCUCCCAGACGGCACGCCUAUUGACUGCAGCGGCCUUAAAGAAACUAUCGGCGAACUUCUUUUCAACCCGACUACUGCCCUCGAAGCGCUGCAGCAAAUGCAGCCUCCCUCCCUCCGCACAGACCCCACGCAGCUGCUGCAAGGCUUCACCGGACUGCCCAAUGCUGUCGCAGACUGCGUGUACAGCAGCGACGUAGACCUCCGGAGAGAGCUUCUCUCAGCUGUAAUUCUUACGGGAGGCCUCGCGCUGAUGCCGGGCCUGGCGGAACGGUUCUCCGCGGAGUUGCACAGUGAUGCCUUUGCUCCGUGCAACAGUCACUCUGGACUCAAGGCGAGAGUUGUGUGCCCAAACAACCACACGGAACGGCGUUCGGCUGCCUGGCUGGGAGGUUCCAUCCUCGCCUCGUUGGGAACGUUUCAAGAGCUGUGGAUUAGCAAGCAAGAAUACGAAGAACAUGGCCCUGACAUCCUGGAGAGGCGUUCUCUAUGA